UCGUUGAUCGACCGCCGUCCAGUCCUUUCAGUAUUUUUUUACUAUUUACACCCGUUACAAGGCUAUGGACGUCGUUUAUCCGCCGGCCGGAUUACUCCUGCUUCUCACCUUCCACCUCUCAUCGACAGACGCAAAUGAAUCAAGUCAAAGAAUGGCUGCAGAGCAAGGACUAAGGGCACAGAUAUUCAACAAGUACGACAAAGUUAUAAUUCCGGCUGCCAUUGAUAAAUCUCUGUUAGUCGAUAUACAGUUUGUAAUCAACAGUGCCGAAUUGAAUUAUGAAACAUCUCAAAUGAUACUCAGCGCCUGGUUUAUAGCAAACUGGAAAGACGAUCGUCUGACUUGGAUCCCAAAUGACUAUGAUUAUUUAAAGGCCAUAGUAGUGAAUCGCCGUUGUAUUUGGUUUCCAGAUAUCAUGCCUUACAACAAUAUAAUAACUUUUGCGGAAACCGAUCAGGCGAAUAACAACUGUCAAGUAAACUACAACGGUUCGGUGAGUUGUGUGCAACCUGUACAGUAUAACGUACACUGUCAAACGGACAUGACUUACUGGCCAUACGACACGCAGACUGCGGUCUUAAGAAUGGGAUCUUGGAUGUAUAACGGUGCCGAACUCAACCUGACUACCGACCGAAACGGAGUAGAAGUGUAUAAUUACCAUUCCGAAUGGGACGUGCAAAAGGUGACCAAUCAGAGGAAUGUAAGAUACUACACGACUGGACCUAACGGAACUGUACCUUUCAUUGAUAUUGAAUACAGCUUUACCAUCAAACGAAAAACACAUCCUUAUUAUUCGGUCAUCUAUGUGCCGGCCUUAUGUAGUGCUAUAUUCAACUUAAUCGCGUUUUGGAUACCUUAUAACCAGUAUGGUAAAACGGCCAUAAACCUGUUAAACGCAUUAUUUGUUUCUGUCGUCAUACUAAUUGUCUAUUCUAAAGUACCACUAAUACUGUCCAGUAUACCUUUAAUUGUCAUCUACUACACUUAUUGUUUGGGACUUAUAGCAGUGACAGCUGUCAUAUCUAUGGCAGUAAAAAACAUGAUCACAGUCAAUAGCCCAUUGCCACAUAGUAUAAGGAAAUUCAUUCAUUCGAGUUACCUAACUUACUUGGGAAUCAAAAUUAAUGAUUUAACAAUCGAUUGCCAUAUGCUCUGCGGAAGCGAAGAAAUAAACAUGGAGAGUAACAACAUUAGUGAACGACAAAAAUUUGCUAAAGUGAUUGAUAGGAUAUGUUUUACUUUAUUUACAACAAUUUAUUUUAUUAUGCUGUUCCGAUAUGUACUUUAAAUUAUUAUGAAUAUUUUAUUUAGCUUACAUUUGGUGAACUGUCAGGAUAACUUAAUGAUAAAGAACUUGUAAAACUUUUACUCUAAA